GUGAUCGCACGCCACUGACGACGAAGCAUCAAACACGGCAGGAAAGUCCUGAGACCGUUCAUAGUGAUAUGUUUGUACGAACAAACAAACAAGCAGAAAGAACAAGUCGCAUCUCGAAAAGUUUAACAAAAAGCGGUUCGGAUCUCAACGCGUCUAAGUCGAGGCUCAACAAAAGCCAAAAGGAAGAUAGAGAACUAGAGGAGCUUUCUGCCUUUUUCUCUCGAAAGCCGUCACGCAGAGAAGAAACUCAGGCUGAAGAACAAGAGUUUGCAGACCACGACGCUCGUUUACGCAGCAUCCCCCGCGACAUCGAGUAUCCAUUCCGGCUUACCCGCCACAGCCGCUGCGGUUCGUCUCAUGGUUCGCAACAAUCUGAUGGAAGCAUCACUAUGGGCGAAAGUGGGGGGAUACCCCGUUAUUCGAGCUCUUUGCCGGCGGCUCGAAACCGUGACUCUGGCUCCAUCACUCGAAGCCGCGCAAGCGAUAAGCUUGACACUGGCUCUACGUGGUCACAACCGUACGACAAUCACCAGAGAGAUGUCAUAUCUGGGUCUUGCUCCUCGAGGAGGGCCCGAGCCAGACGCAGCAUUACAGAAGUCCCCGACCACACAUUGAGGCAUCACAGCGGGAUUGAGCCAAAGGUGGCAGCAAAGGCCGGGAAACGCCUCCCUGAGGGAUCUCUGGAUGCAGUAAGGGGAACCCGCAAGGAUGCCGCUGCUCAAACCGACUUGAGUCCGAAGGCAAGAAAUACACUGCCAUGCCAGUCUCAACGGUCCGAUGAGUUCCGAAGGGUGGUGGAUCAUACUCGUGACGAGCAUCGAUGCAAUGCCGUCGCAUCUUCCAGAGAGAACAUGGAGAAAGCUUCGCAGGUCCCGAUCUUCGUGGGGGAACAAGGCUGGCUAGUACCAAAAGUGUCGCGAAAUGCGCCACAUAUUGAACAUGAGAUCGAAUGCCCCAGGGUUGAGGAAGUCGGCAUUUUGAGCCGCGGCGUUACCACGCGUCUUCGGGACGCGGGAUCGUUUUUGUACCCUCCGAUCCAGCCGGCUGAGCGACUGGGUCAUGCUGAGCCCACUCGACCAAACAACACCUACGAAAGCCAACCCCGAACGAAUUACGCCGACGCGAUUCCAGAAAGUUUCGGGGCUGAGAACCUCGAGGAGUUUAUCCGAAGGAUAGAGGACGAAGCAGCAAUGGCUCCUGGGGAAACAGGAGACGACCCAGCGCUCCGUUACGGCGAAGUUGAGAUGCCUGAUCACCCGACACCGAGGCCACCCAUGCUAUCGAAGGCUGCCGAUUUUGAUGCGACCGGUGAUGCCAUUAUCAUGUCUAACAGAGAUUGGUUUGCUGCUGGAUCAGAUUUGUUAACUCCUGAUUUUAUUGGCGACUCGGCUUCCUUUUCUCAAACCGAUUUCGUUAGACCUACCUCGCUUUCGUUAUUGGAGUCGUAUCCUACGGCUGAACGCGAGUAUCCAAGGACGGUUUGGCAACGUGGAAACAUGUUUCAGUUUAGGUAGUAUACAUGCACGUUAUGCCGGUGAGGAACCCGGAUUUAUGGGCAGUUCGAGCCCCUCGAGACAUAAACAUAAAGCCAGCUCCAGAUUACUCCAAGUCUUGAUCCUUGUACUCUUCUUUGAAAGCGUCAACGUCAAACCCACACUGUUUUGCCCUGGCGAGUGUUGCAUGGGCUUUCCCA